GUUCAGCUCGAACCUCGCCCUCGCCAUCUAGGGUUGCCAGGUUUGUUCACGAUCCAGUUUAAAUGUUGCGUAAACCCCCUACACCGGACGGUUUGUUUAAUGUUUUCACUUCACGGAAUGUUUCUCCGUCGUUCGCUCAAGGAAACUAUAAGAGCACAGAGACCACUGAUAUAUUUUUGUCAUUUUAUGGGUCAGAGUUGAAGUGUUUUAUAACCAGACGCCAUAGCGGAAAAUGUCAAGCUUGGCUCUAACCCAGAUUAUUCUCCAAUUAGAUAAAACCUGGCAACCAGGAUAAUUAUUUCAAGAGUAGCAGCGCUGUUUAAACAUGUAUGUUAACUUGAAUACACCUCUUGAUUUUCGGCGCGCGUCUGCUCAUCACCCUAACAACAGGGACGACAUCCAUGCCCGCCUCUAAAAGAAACAUCCAAUAACAGGACUUUUUGGACUGUCAUAAAACAAGUAAUAGCGCUCUACUCAAGAUACUGUGGACAUGGGAAUUGCCAAUCAACCUUCCCUCAAUGUUGACAAUCCUUAUAGCAACAGUUGUGCAACAUGAUAUAAUUGGACUCAAUACAAAUAUAUUUUCCAGGUUUAGGUAGGCAUACGUACCACUACUGCAGUGCAGGUUUGCAAAAAUAAAAAUAAAACAAUGCCUCCGAAGAAAAAAGGUCGAAGAAAGAUAAAAAAGACCAAGAAACCUGAGGAGGGUGUGAAUAAACUGGAGGCGCAGUACAAACGUACUGUGCUGGAUGUUGAGAUUCUGAGAGAUCAUCUUGCCGUGCGGUGUGAUGCGGCGCGCCAGGCCCGGGUGGUCAGCAGUGAGCUGAGGGUGGAGGUCAGAGACCUGGAACAGAAGCUGAGCCACGAAAGGCAGGACCGGAGUGACGUCAGCGCAGUGGUGUCUCGUCAGUACGACAGCAUCCAGACAGGUCUGACGGCCAGGGUAAAGAGGCUGGAGGAGGAGGUCAUUUCUUUAAGACAACAGCUGGCCCAGUGUAAGGAGGAGCUGAGGACAGAGAGGGCGCAGGGGGAUCUACUACAGCAGGAGAAGGAUGCUACCAUCUCAGAGCUUCAGACCAGACUGGACAGCAUGGAGACAGACUAUGAGAAGAUCCUGCAUGACUCUCUCGACAGCCUGGCGUCCCAGCUGUGUGCAGCUCGACAGGGGUGGGAGGACCAGAGCUUCAGCCUGCACCAGGAAUACAAGGUCAUGCUCUCUGACUUCGGCCUCAACUCACUUGACAUCUGACCGGGAUUCGGAAGCCUCUGUCUGCUUUUGUCCAGACCUUGUUAACACACCUGUGUCAUUCUGAG